CUGACGUGGGAUCCCCUCGAACCUUGGACCUCCAGCACCCAGGGAACAAGGGCUCUUGCAUCCUCUCUUCUCCUGGUGAAGACGCACUGCCAGGCGAGGAACCCAUCAAGUAUGGUGAACUCAUCGUCCUGGGACACAGAUGCUUCUUUGACCUUGUUUCUGCCCUGAAGACACAACUUGAUCGGCUUCAUGAUGGAGAGUAACAAUACAAAGCAGUGGCUGUCGUCUGGUGACUUGUAUGUGCCACCUCACCUUCCUUCAAAUAACAACGCUCGCUCAGUCAUAUCAAGAGCUUGCUAUAACCAUACCAAACUCUGUCAAGCAUUUUACAGUGUUCAUCUUGUUUGCUUCUCAGAAUCUGCCUUCUGAGUAGGUCCUGACAAAUGAACUCCAUUUCAGAGAGGUACAAUGGGUGUCUGGCAAAUGGGGACAAGGGCCGCCGCCGAAGCCGCCUGGCACUGAGCCGCCGGCCACAUGCCAAUGGAGUGAAGCCAGAUGUCAUGCACCACAUCUCCACACCACUCGUCUCCAAGGCCCUGAGUAACCGAGGCCAGCAUAGCAUCUCGUACACACUGUCCCGGAGCCACUCAGUCAUAGUGGAGUACACACAUGACAGCGACACAGACAUGUUCCAGAUUGGCCGCUCUACCGAAAACAUGAUUGACUUCGUGGUAACAGACACAUCUCCUGGUGGAGGAGCCACAGAGGGCCCUUCCGCCCAAAGUACCAUCUCCCGCUAUGCCUGCCGCAUCCUCUGUGACCGCCGGCCACCCUAUACUGCCCGCAUCUAUGCUGCUGGCUUCGAUGCCUCUAGCAACAUUUUUCUUGGAGAGCGGGCAGCCAAAUGGAGGACUCCUGAUGGUCUGAUGGAUGGCCUGACAACCAACGGGGUCCUGGUGAUGCACCCAGCAGGUGGAUUCUCCGAGGACUCUGCCCCAGGUGUCUGGAGGGAGAUUUCUGUCUGCGGGAAUGUGUACACAUUGCGGGAUAGCCGCUCAGCCCAGCAGCGGGGGAAGCUGGUGGAAAACGAAUCCAACGUCCUGCAAGAUGGUUCGCUCAUCGACCUCUGUGGGGCCACACUGCUGUGGCGCACUCCAGCAGGGUUGCUGAGGGCACCCACACUGAAACAACUGGAGGCCCAGCGACAGGAGGCCAACGCAGCACGGCCCCAGUGUCCUGUGGGCCUCAGCACCUUGGCCUUCCCCAGUCCAGCCCGUGGCCGCACAGCACCUGACAAGCAACAGCCCUGGGUCUACGUCCGCUGUGGUCAUGUCCAUGGCUACCAUGGUUGGGGCUGCCGGAGGGAGCGAGGCCCUCAAGAGCGCGAGUGUCCUCUUUGCCGCCUUGUGGGACCCUAUGUGCCCCUGUGGCUCGGCCAGGAGGCUGGUCUCUGCCUGGACCCUGGGCCACCCAGCCACGCUUUUGCACCCUGUGGCCAUGUCUGUUCUGAGAAGACUGCCCGUUACUGGGCUCAGACGCCACUGCCGCAUGGCACCCAUGCUUUCCAUGCGGCCUGCCCCUUUUGUGGGGCUUGGCUCACUGGUGAGCAUGGUUGUGUCCGCCUAAUUUUCCAGGGGCCACUGGACUAGGCUCUCCAGGGUCCUUGCUGCCAUGCCUGCCUACCCACCCAGGUCCCCCCUCUCCUGCCGUUCAGAGGGAGCUCUGCAUGUGGGACUGUGCCUGCUGGCAAUAGCCACACCAGUUGGACACAUUGGAUGGGUUGUGACCCUCCCCUUAACUCUAGCCUCUAAGAGGAUCCCUGAGAUCUCUAUCCCAGUCGUACUGAUGGGGACUUUAGCACCAGCUCUGCCCCAGGCUGAUGGAGGGCGCCCCAUGCCCCUACCCUUCCUGGGGUAUGCUACAUCAUGCUGCCUACACUGUGUCCCUGGGGGAGUGAAGGGGCCAUGGCCCCUGACUUCCAGCUUAGUCCGGUUGUGCCCUGAACCUGCCAAUCCAGUACCAGCUACUCCUUCCUCCUGCUGCUGCCCUGGGUUGCUCUAUAAAUUUGCUCAGCUGCCCUCACAGAUCCACGUGUCCCACAUGCAUGCAGUAUCUCCAGUCCUCUGAGUACUGAAUGGGCCGGCAGUCUGAAGUCAGCAUUUGCAGGCAGGGAUAGCACCAAGUGGAGGUCACAUGGGCAGUCAGGUUCUCCACCGGGUGGAGUUCACAGCCUAGUGACAAGUAGACUGCCUUGUUGGUGUUAGGACCAGCGAGUUCCAGGUUCUAGGGCUAGAGAACAGCACUUGAUGGAUUUGGGAAAGUAAAAGGCUUCAUUGAGGUGGCGACACAGGAACUCG